CUGACUUAAUGGACAUGAGUUUGAGCAAACGCUGGGAGAUGGUGAAGGACAGGGAAGCCUGGUGUCCUGUAGUCCAUGGGGUCGCAAAGAGUCAGACAUGACUGAGCGACUGAACAACAAGGGUUUACUUAAUCCAUGGUGGAUGCUGGUGCUUGCUUCUGGCAGGCACGUGUGGUACAUUUUGGAGCAGGAACCUCUAUACCCUUGGUGCAGAGCUCCAGGGAAUAGGAGCCAGGAACUUGGGUUCUAGCCUCGGCUUCUUGUUUGUGCUCUUUCGACCCAUCUGCUGAUGCUCUGAGGUGGAUGUCUAUGGAUUUGGUCAGCACCAUUCCUUUCCCCUUCUUUUAUCAACAACACUCUCCUUUUCCUUUGGGAAACUAUCCAUCCCCAGCAUGUAGCCUUGCUGAGGCUGCCAGGCAAGGGUACUCCAGUCAGACUCUCCCCACUAAGACCUGGGAUCUUGCGAGAAAUGACAUAAGGUCUGAAAAAUGGUUGAAGCAGACUUAUUCCUGUAGAUCCCUAAAGAGAUGGUUCUCAGUUCCUCUACCCGUAGAGUUGCCCUGACUUCUUGUGCUCUUGGGGUUAGCUAUUAAGGACUAUCCUUUUGAACUGCCCCCAUCCUUCUGGCCAAUUCUGUUUUUGCUUAAAUGAGACAGAAACCUCAUUGUAUUGCUUAUAUCCAAAGACCCCAAUCCAGACAUGAAUCCUUAAAAUCUCUUCCCCUCCUUCACUGUAAAUGCUUAGUUCAGACUUGUUAUUUCUCUCCUGGGCUAUUACAGUGCCUUUUCUUAACUGGUCUCCCAGUUGCUAGACUCUUCCUAUAGUCAUUAUAUGUUUAAACAUCUAUGACAUUGUAAUAUAUAUGUGUUUGCCUAAAACCGUAAGGUUCUUUGGGCUAGGAUCCUGGUUUCUGAAAACCUAGUACAGAGAAGGUUUUCAAAAGAAAACAGAAGUAAUCUAUUAUAUAUUUUUGAUUUAGUUCCGUGGUUUUCAGCUGAGGUUGGCCCCCUCACCCUCUUCCCCGACAUUUUGCAAUGUCUGAAGACAUGUUUAGUUGUCACUACUGCCGUCCCACAGGUAGCGACUAGGGAUACUGUUAAACAUCCUACGAUGCAUAGGGUAGCCUCCACAAGAAAGAACUAUCUGGCUCAAAAUGUCAAUAAUGCCGAGACCAAGAAAGCGAGUCUUAUUUUACCACCCUGCUGUGCUGUGUUAGCUGCUCAUUUGUGUCCAGUUCUUUGCGAUCCCAUGGACUGUAGCCUGCCAGGCUUCUCUGUCUGUGGGGAUUCUCCAGGCAAGAAUACUGGAGUGCGUUGCCAUGUCCUCCUCCAGAGGAUCUUCCCAACUCAGGGAUUGAACCCAAGUCUCCCGCAUUGCAGGCAGAUUCUUUAACAUCGGAGCCACCAGGGAAGCCCUUUUACCACCUUAAAUGAACUUUAUUUUAUACUGUAAAUUUCCAGUAGGAUUUCUUUCCCCACCCAAAUGAGCACCCAAAACACUAAUAUUGUUGAUACUGAGACCUGAAAGUAUACUAAUCAUUCUUUAGAUCAGUGUUUCUCAAACUUGCAUCAGAAUCACUAGCAGGGCUGGUAGCUGGGCUCCAUCUGCAGAGUCUCAGAUUCAGUAGAUUUGCGGUAGGGCCUGAGAAUCUGCAUUUCUAACAAGUUCCCAGGUCAUGCCAGUGCUGCUGGUCCAGGGUCCACACUUUGCAGACCACUGCUUUAGAGAACCUAAGGGUUUAUUACACUUUCCCCCGUAAGAUGCCAUGCCCAGAAACUUGAGAUGCAAGCUUCCCUGAGCAAGCACACCCUUCCUGUUCCUGAAAUCUUCCUGCCAGAUACCUGGAGCUGCAUCUGUGGCAACUCCAGCACCUAAACUCAAAACAUAUCACCUUCCAGAGAACUGACAAAGACUGAAAGCAGGGCAAGGAAGCAGCGACUCUCCCCUCUUCCCUGAGAUGUGAGACAGUAACGGUCCUGAGGGCCAGGCCCUUGAAAGCAAGGUGACAUCCCUUCUCCAGGAUCCGCAUCCUAGCUCCUCAGAGCACCUGUAUCAGAAUCACACUGAGGACUUAGAUUCAUGGGCCCGUCCUCAGUAACCCUGGGAGUCAGCCAGUGACUGCAUUUUAAUAAGCUUACUACAUCAGUGGUUCUCAAAGCCUGGCCUUGGACCAGCAUUAUCAUACACCCAGUAACUUGUUAGAAAUGCACAUUUUCAGACAGGACCCCAUACCUACUGAAUCUGAACCCCUGAAGUUGGACCCAGUCACUUGUAUUUUAACAAGCCUUCCAAGUCAGCAGUCCCCAACCUGUUUGGCACCAGGGACCGGUUUCCUGGAAGACAAUUUUCUCACAAACAGAGCUGGGUGAGGCAAUGGUUUAGGUUUCACCCCCUGCUCACCUCCUGCUGUGCAGUCUGGUUCGAACAGGCCAGGGACCCCUACCGGUCUGUGGCCUGGGGGUUGGAGACCCCUGCUCUAGGUGACUCUUGCCUGCUCAAGUUUGAGAAAAUCUGGUUUAAGUCUUACUGCUCCCUCAUGUUUAAGAUCUCCGAAUUUAGACUGUUUUCCACUUCAGGUUCUAGAUUCCUUUCCUACUUGUAGAUGGCAUAAGCACCCACAGGAAGCAACCAACCCCCUCUCCCCUCCCUACCUCUCUGUAGAACAUGUAUAUGGAACCAGAGAGUGUGAGAGUGAACCCCUUUUGAAUUUGGCCAUCUAAUAUGAGGGCCACUCCCGUUUUAAUCUGGCCGGGCAAUGGUCCCCAGGAACUCCACCUGGCAUUCUCUGAAGCCUACCCACCCUGGCCGCGAAACCGUAGGGAGAAGUGAUGUCCUGGACACGCUUUUCUAAGGGUUCUCGGCCCGCGGCCCGCCCCGCGCUCCUGCGUAAACACGCGGUUCCCUUGACAACGCCUGGAACGCACGUCAAAGGCUCGGAGAGUCUCGGGCGACGGUCACCCCUCCGGCCGAGCGCGACCCCCGGCAGAGGCCUCUGGGCCCGGCCCCGAGCCACCUCGGGCUUGCGGCCUCCUCCCCUGGUGCGGGAUGAGCAGACCUGCGGCCGCCGCGGGGCCCCAUGGAGGAGCAGCCGCCGCCGCCGCUGGUCCGCCCGCCAGUGAGCACGGCCUUAUCGGGCAGCCCACACCCCGGCGCCCCCUCCCCGGCCGGCACGCCUGGUGGGACUUCCUCCGCGGCGACGGCGGUGGCCGUGCUCUCCUUCAGCACCGCGGCGGCCGCGGCGCUGGGGAACCGGAGCGACGUGAGCGGGGCCGACAGCACUGGCGCCGCGGCUGGCGGAGGCCUCGGCGGGCGCGGGGCGGCGGGGAGGCCACCGCUGGGCCCCGAGGCGGCGCCGCUGCUGUCGCACGGGGCGGCGGUGGCGGCCCAGGCGCUGGUCCUCCUGCUCAUCUUCCUGCUGUCUAGCCUGGGCAACUGCGCGGUAAUGGGGACCAUCGUGAAGCACCGGCAGCUCCGCACGGUCACCAACGCCUUCAUCCUGUCCUUGUCCCUGUCGGAUCUGCUCACGGCGCUGCUCUGCCUGCCCGCCGCCUUCCUGGACCUCUUCACGCCUCCUGGGGGCCCGGCGCCCGCCGCCGCCGCCGCCGCCGCCGCCGCGGGGCCCUGGAGCGGCUUCUGCGCGGCCAGCCGCUUUUUCAGCUCGUGCUUCGGCAUCGUGUCCACGCUUAGCGUGGCCCUCAUCUCGCUGGACCGCUACUGCGCCAUCGUGCGGCCGCCGCGGGAGAAGAUCGGGCGCCGCCGCGCGCUGCAGCUGCUGGCAGGCGCCUGGCUGGCGGCUCUGGGCUUCUCCUUGCCCUGGGAGCUGCUCCUCGCGCCCCGGGAGGCCCCGGCGGCGGCGCAGAGCUUCCAUCGCUGCCUUUACCGGACGUCUCCGGACCCCGCGCAGCUGGGCGCGGCGUACAGCGUGGGGUUGGUGGUGGCCUGUUAUCUGCUGCCCUUCCUACUCAUGUGCUUUUGCCACUACCACAUCUGCAAGACCGUGCGCCUGUCGGACGUGCGCGUGCGGCCCCUGACCACUUACGCGCGCGUGCUGCGCUUCUUCAGCGACGUGCGCACGGCCACCACCGUGCUCAUCAUGAUCGUCUCCGUCAUCUGCUGCUGGGGGCCCUACUGCUUCUUGGUGCUGCUGGCCGCCGCCCGGCGGGCCCAGGCCGCACAGUCUCCCUCUCUCCUUAACGUGGUGGCCGUCUGGCUGACCUGGGCCAACGGGGCCAUCAACCCUGUCAUCUAUGCCGUUCGCAAUCCCAACAUUUCGAUGCUCCUAGGGCGCAACCGGGAAGAGGGUUACAGGACUAGGAACGUGGACUCUUUCCUGCCCAACCAGGGCUGGGCUCUGCAGGCUGGAACCCUCAAUCCCCUUCGAAACCGCUGUACCAACCGCCUGGGGGCCUGGAGCACGAUGUCCUCUUCCAACCCGACCAGCGGGGUGGCAGGGGAUAUGGCCAUGUGGGCUCGCAAAAAUCCUGUUGUGCUUUUCUGCCGGGAGGGACCACCAGACCCUGUGACAGCAGCAGCGAAACAAUCUGAAUCCGGGGAUACCAGCCUCUAAGGAGGGCUGGGAUGCAUAGCCUAUGAAGGCAGAUUUCCACCCUCUUCAAUUAACUAACGGAGAGAAUCGUGCAUUUCAUAAAGCCAAACGUUUAAAAAAGAGACAGAGGGGAAGGCUUACCCCUUCCCUCCAAACAACGUAACAAGACAAUGUCCUUUCCUUCAUAAGUGCCAAAAGGAAUGUAAAAUGCAAAAAUUAAAACGAUCUUGCAUUGCACAACCAAGCAUUGUGAACUGUCAGUGCCCAAAAUGACAAAAAUAAAAUUCACAAUUACUGGAAAGCUCAUAUUACAGGAGUCACACUGUGAAACAAACCAAAAAACUCAUUGAAUGCGACUGGUAUUCAUAUACAUAGAGUUCCAGAAAAGAAUGAAGACCUUAAGAACUGCUUGAAGGCCCCUCUAAAUCACCAGCAUUCAGAGGAACUUCAGAUUUCUAGAACCUGCACCUCUGACACAUGCCUAGGGUGCUUAGGUUAGGAGUAGAAAUUUUUAUCUGGCUUUACACACUUUGGUGCAUUUCCUUCCCACCCCCACCCCAUAAUCUUUGUAGAAAAUUUUAAAUUCAUAUCCCAUUUAAAACCAUUUUAGGAUUUUGAAGGUGGUUUAUUACUAUAAAAUUCAACUGUUUGAGGGGCAAACAGAAGUAUGAACAUAAAGAAAUGUGGCUAAUUUUUAAAGUAUUUUGAGAUUAUAUUUAGACAUUAGUGUGCAGCAUCAACCCUCCUGCCCCAAAAUAUUUGUCUGGGAAUCUUUGAGACUUUGACCUUACUCUAACCUGCUACUUUUGUUUCUAAUGAUUUAGAGGUACCACUCUCAGAAAGCUUUCACAUUCUUAAAUGAUUUUCACAGUAGAAAGUCUUUGCAUUUGAAGUAAAUUUGAUUUUUGGAUGCAGCCAAAAAUGUAAUUUAAAGUCAGGUUGAUUGAAUCAUGUGAAUAAUGCAUAUAUAUAUAAUAGGAGAACUCUAUGAAGUUAUUGGCUUAGCUAUCCUAUGGAGUUUUCAACUAAUCAAAAAUGAUUCCAAAGAGGAAUUCAAGAAAUAUUUUGAGAAGUGGAUGCAUUCUUGGAAUGAGCAUAAAGCUCUCCAAGAAGAUUGACAUGUUCUCCUACAUUUGGAAGUUUGGGUAUGUUUGUUUAAAAAAAAAGUUCCUUUAUAGACAUGACAUCUAAAAUAAUGUGAUCUUUAUUCGAAAGGAGAAUGCCUGUGAGAUUAUUAUAUGUAAUAGAGUAUUCAUAACUUAAGCAUAAAGUCAGAGAGGUACCUUAAUCACACUGGAAAUACCUUCAGAAAGGUGCAAAACAAAGAUUUUUUAAGAAAAAAUUCAGAGCACGAUUCAGAAUUUGUAUGGGUGAAAUUUCUCUUAUUAAAUGCCACUGUACAUAGAAUCAUUUGCUCAGAAUUUUGAAAGAUGUUUUUUGUGUUUUCACUGUUUCUUCCAUCUUACUCCUCUUUUCUUCUGUGUUUCACAGCCUUAAUUGAAUAAGUACUUUAAACUAGACAUGAAAUGUAAGCUCUCCUAUAAAGAUUUUAAUGUGAAAUGGCCAUCUUUUUUUCCUUGUAAAGUAUUUAAACAUUUUUGUUAGUAUUUAAUUUUGUGUGUGUGACAGAUGGGUAUAUGUCAUCAUUUUGUAAUCAAAGAUGGAAAUAUAUGAUUCUUGUCAGAACUAAAGAUGUUUUAAUGUUUUUCCCUUUCUCAAGGCAUAAUGCAACCAGAAGUUUAUGAAUUAUCUGUAUAUAUCUUCCUACACUAAGUGUAGUAAAGAGUAAAUGAGAUCAUCUCUCCUCUUUAGUACUUACUAUAACAGUCAGUGCAGCUGAACUCACGUUUAAUAGGUAUAUCCUGUUAAAGGCAGAAAAAAAAAACAGUCAUGUAUUUUUCACACUGUGAGAAAAUGGAAGUCAUGUCUGGUAUUUAGAGGAAAAAGAUAAAAUCUUCCAAUUAGGAAAUUGAAAUUCAAGAACUGUGAAUAGAGGCAGAAAAAGAGAAAUCUUAGGGGAAGGAGCAAACAUGUUGCAAAAUAAGGUAUUGCCUAGGAAGAAGAAUUGAAGGAAGGGAUUUAAAAAUAAACAUAGCAUGAGAUAAACCUGCUUCAUGAGUGAAGACGGACAUCCAUGAGACUGGGGACUCUAGGGUGGUGGCAUGAAGGACUGUAAGCAGAGAAGGAAUUCCCACCCUAACUCUUGGUAGGCAGGCAUAGGAAGUUUUAGGAAGGGGAUGGCUUCAGAAGGAGAUUGUUCUGUUAGUGGUUCUAAGAGGAAUUGUGGGUAAGAAUGGAGAGAGAGAGAAAAUUGCUAAUAUGUUCCUGAAGAAUUUACAGUGUUAUGUUUGUUUUUAAAUUUGAGGUUAUUCAACUGGUCAGUGAUAGAACUAGGACCUGAACCUCAGAGCUCCAUAUUCCCUUCUCUGUUCUCUAUCGCCCCCACAAAGAUCCAUCAACAGAGACACUGAGGAAGAGAAGCUGUGGUACUGUCCUCAUCACCAACACCAUGAUCAUCAUCACCAUCUACUGGUUUUAUUUUGUAUGUCGUGUAGAACAACUUCCUGGAGUGCUAAGGAUACUAAAGGGUAGAAAUCACAUUACCUGCCUUAAGAGGGCAUCCAGCCUGAUUGAGGACUUUGUGCUUUAUAAAAAUUGGUCAUAAUCAGUACUCUUUAGUUUAUCUGUGAGAAAGAAAGGGUGCAGCAUUUUUAGAAGUGGUUAUCAAAGAGAGGAGAUGGAUUUGGAAGCAAAGACAUGUCGAUAAAGUCCAAGAGCCAUCCGGUCCAGCCGUAGAUACUUGGAGACAAAAAUUAGUGCCUUGAAUAAAAGAUGUGAAAGAAUGACCUGCAUAUUUAAAACUUAGACCUUUCCUCAUGACUCUGUGGAAAAAGGAGAAAGAGGAGCUUUGCAAUAUUGGCAUGUAUUAAAUAUUGCUUAGACAUAAGGCCAGAAUAUAAUUCUUCAUAUCUCAUUGUGUUCACAGCUCAAGUAUUUCAUUUAAAUUGCAAUAACAAGUCAUACUUAGCAUAGUACAUGCAUUAGCUCAUUUAAUCUUCAAAACAACCUUCUAAGUAGGGGAGGGGUGUUAUUAUUAUCACACAACCCAUUUUACAGAUGAAAAUACUGAAGCACACAUGGGCUUUGUCUAAGAUCACACAGGAAGUAAGUGCUAGAUUUAUCCCUAGCAGACAGGUGCCAGAAGUCUCAUCUUAACCACUAAACAGUACUGUUUCUCUAAUUUGUAAAAGAUAAUGAAAAACCUGGGAAAGAGCCCAGGAAGAUAAAAACAGGACUUCCCAGAUGGCGCUAGUGGUAAAGAAUCUGCCUGUCAAUGUAGGAGACAUAAGAGACUUGGGUUCGAUCCCUGAGUUGGGAAAGUCCCCUGGAGGAGAGCAUGGCAACCCACUCCAGUGUUCUUGCCUGGAGACUUCCACGGACACAGGAGCCCGGUAGGCUACAGUUCAUAGGGUUGCAAAGAAUUGUACACAACUGAAGAGACUUAGCACAGUACAGAUAAAAACAAUUAUCAAAGUAAUGGGAAAUAGAUAUCAUAAAAUUUAAAAGAAAGUAUUUGUUUAAUUUGGGGAACAGCUAUAUAAGAUGUGUGUUUUAAAAAUAUAUGGACAGAUUUUGAGCAGUUAUUUUCUCAUAUAAACCCCAGUCCUGGAUGACUCCAAUCAUUGGCCUUCUCCAUUCCUGUUCCAGGGUGACUGGGCACAGCUGGAGAAAAUUAAGAGUCAGAUCAGUUAGUUCCCUCUGCACCUAGAACCCAUAGUCUUGCCUGACCCUUCUGCCCUACCCAGCAAUCUGAAUUUCUUCUCAUCAGCUCACUCUUUCUGCCCACUUUAGUGACCCUUCAAACUUUCUCUGCUCAAACUUUUAACCAGUUCUUACUUUUUGGAAGAUCAGUUUUGCUCCUACUUCUUGAAGAAAAUAGAAGCCAUCAGAUACAGAUAUCUUCAUAUUUUAGCCAUCAAAGGAAACACACUAGACUGAAUUGACACCAGUUCUCAGCUCUGUCUUUCUAAUAGUAAAUAGUCUGGUCUCCUCACCAACCUCAUGCUGUUAAUCGGCUCCUUUUUGUGGUAUCCUUUUGUGGUAGCCUUUCCUGCUGAACCAAAUCCUUUCUGAGUUCUUAAGCAUUCUCACUUAAAAGGAAAAAACAAAACCUUUCCAGGUUAUCCAUGUCGUUUCUCUCGCUCCGCUCCUGCCCUUCAACUAAACUUGUCAAAAGAAUUGCCUUCAUUUUUACAGAUCUAGAUCCUAGUCCAUAAGGUUUAUGGUGCAAGAAAGUCAGUUUUAUGCAACUCAGUUUUCCCAAAUCCCCAUUCUUUCAGAUGGCAGAAACUUAAGAUGGGUUUAAAUAAGCCCAGGCCCUAUGGACUUUUCUAGAACCAAGGCCCAGUGAAUGUCAGUCUUCAGUGGUCAUCUGUAUUGCAUCUGCUGAAGUACCCAUCCAUGUGUCUCUGGUCACAUCCAUAGAAGGUUGUGUGAAUUAUCCCUACUCAAUUCGAGAGAUUAACAAAGGUCCGUCUAGUCAAAGCUAUGGUUUUUCCAGUAGUCAUGUAUGGAUGUGAGAGUUGGACUAUACAGAAAGCUGAGCACCGAAGAAUUGAUGCUUUUGAACUGUGGUUUUGGAGAAGACUCUUGAGAGUCCCUUGGACUGCAACAAAGAUCCAACCUGUCCAUCCUAAAGGAAAUCAGUCCUGAAUAUUCAUUAGCAGGACUGAUGUCUAGGCUGAAACUUCAAAUACUUUGGCCACCUGAAGUGAAGAACUGACUCAUUGGGAAAGACCCUGAUGCUGGAAAAGAUUGAAGGCAGGAGAAGAAGGGAUGAUAGAGGAUGAUUUGGUUGGAGGGCAUUACGAACUCAGUGGACAUGAGUUUGAGUAAACUCCAGGAGUUGGUGAUGGACAGGGAGGCCUGGUGUGCUGCAGUCCAGGGAGUCGCAAAGAGUCAAACACGACUGAGCGACUGAACUGAAUAUGAGAGAACACAGCUCUCAAGUUAGCCAACUUUAGAGCCCUUCUUUGGACACAAAGAUUAUUACUCCAUCUCAGCACCAACAGAGGGCUGUGACAACCCCUAUAAUGCUAUCUCAGGCUGGUUUUUUUUUAAUUGAUUUUUAAUAUUUUUGAGGAGCCCUGUGACUCGAAACUUUUUAGUAUCAUUGGGUCAAUAAAUCAAAAUGAUAAAUAAAGUAUAUGUUGGAGGUUCUACUUAUGAAAUGGCAGUGAGGAGCCCUGUGACCUGCUCUUCAGUGAAACAAGUGUAGCUGGUGAAAAUUAUUUAAAAAGCAACCAUUUGAAGUCUUUGGAUUGUCAUAAGAGCAAAACGAUGGAUAACAGUCAGAUUCAUUUCAUCUGCCUUCACUAAUUAAAUUCAUUUUAAGACUUGCAUGUCCUCCAAGCAACAUAUAGCCUAAGAUGUUGGCCCAAGUUAUUUUCCAGGAACUUGGAGUCAGCUGCAUCUAGUUUGAGCUGAGCUGAUUAAGAUUGGAUAGGACCCCCAGCCCUCCAACUGGGCAUGCUCCAGUGUCCUCUCUGUAACCUUUUGAUGUCAGAUGGCUGAAAACUCCACCCUCAGAUGAUGCUAAGCACCUACACGUUUGAACUGCAGACGCCUGUAGCUUGGUUACACCUGUCUUAGUUACAGCCAGUUACUGCGCCUUUUCCCAAUGACCUUUCCCACUCUCCCCACACCUCAGACUGCCCAACGUCUUUAUUCCUUAUCCUAUGAGCACCCGCGCCCUUGCCUUUGGGGAGGCGGAUUUGAGAUUCCUUCAUCCAUCUCGCUUGACAGCUGUGGGAAUGAACCUCUUUGCUACACAACUCAGUGUCUCAGCAUUUUGCUUGCUGUAAGUUGGGCAAGAUGAACCUGGUUCAUUAACAACAGCAUGUAGCAAAUGAAGAAAUGUUUAUGCAAGAAAAUCCACUAUAACUCAGUAAGAACAGCUACAGUGGGUAGAACUUGAAUUAUAACCCACUCCUUCUCCCAGCUCACUGCGACAGAGACUCCGUUUCAGCAAUCGGUGAGAGUUCCUGUUGCUCCACAUCCUCGUCAGUGUUUGGGGUUCUGACCCUUCUAACAGAGUCACAAACAGCAAGAUGAAGUGAUGGAAACUGAAUAUGGAGUUGGCUCCAGCAGGCUCAAGUUUAACCUUUCAGUAGCACCACCAAGAAGCACGCCGGAAAGGGUUACGAGGGCUCAUGGGAGAGACACCAACAGACUAGAGGUGAAUUCUUUACCAUCUGAGCCGCAAGACUAGUUAGGAGACAGUGCUUGAUAAUCCGAUGCUGAAGUUGGGGCUCUGCAAACCACGUUUCUGUUUCACCAGUUGCCUUUUCUGCAGGCUUUGCCACCAGAGGGCAGCUGUGGGGCUGAGAAGGGAGAGCUGAGGCUCCCUUCUUCACUCCAGCAGUUGCAAUUCAUGCCAGGAGUUGUCCGGCCAGUGUACAGUUUUUCUAACACUUGCGGAACCAGCUUCCUGUUGCUCGCCUGGAGGCAUUCCAGCCCCCAGCUCUGACCCCUUCCCAUGGUCCAAGUCCCACCUUAUGGGGCCUCUCCUCUAAAUGCUACCUCUUCCUUUUGUACUUUCAGUCCUAGAGGUAGAAUUUCUUCCUGCUAUACCCUUAGAGUUCUCUUUUCACCCUUUCAGUUAACUAGUUAACAACUUUAUGCCUAGUUAACAAUUUUAUAUAUUAAUGUAUCUCAGUUAAAGUAACCGAUGUGGUUCUGUCUCCUCACUGGACCCUGACUUUGUAGGUGAAUAUGGGGAAACCCUAGGAAAGUGUGGAGGGUAAUGAAGAGAGCUUUGCAAAGGACCCUGGGGCCACCUAUAUUUAAGGGCUGCCAGCCCUUAAGGACUGGACCAGGGAGAUGCUGGAGAACCCAGAAGAUUCUGUGUCUAAAGUCAACAAGGAAAGAGAGAACAUUCAGACUAGAGAGAGAAUUAUUAAUGGGGCAAGGUUCCUGAGAAGGUGGAGGGAGUAGGCUUUUUCCUGGAAAGGAAAGGAAAGCAAUGAAGGCGAGUGAAGGGCAGAUGGGGAGGUCAUGGACUGAGAGUGCAGGAUGUGGAGAGGAGGUUUGCAAUAGCCUUUGAAGAGGAUGGAAGAGAGGGCCAGGGGUUUCCUGGGGGACAGUGCCGAGGGUCAGUGGGAGGGGGCAGUCAGAGAACAGGAUGUUGACGUGAUUCUAAUCCACAUCACUGUGUGUGUGUGUGCUGUUAGGACAUAGCAGCCUUUUGUAGGGUGUUGACAGUGAGAUUAACUCAAGGGAAGGAGUUUGCGCCAGGUGCUCAUGAGACGUGGGGUACGAGCAUGAGGGGGAUUACGUGAAGCACCCUGGGCCGUGGCUGGCUAGAAAACGAAGUGAAGCUCACGGGGACUGAGGUACAAAACCACACAACUCUGUUUGAGCAUGUGAGCGUGUGCAUAGGGUUGAACUCUCUUUAAAGCCAUAAAAGGAAAAGUUUCCAAAUAUACUCUGGCCAGGCAGAAGAAAAUCCCCCACAGAGACGGGACACUAGUUUUAAUAAAACGUGGUGGUUCAUUUUUAGUUCCAACCUAAUUUACAAAUUACCCAAGUCAAACAGCUUAUAAAUCUGCAUACUUAAAGUCCUUAUUUAUUUAGGAAAGGAGCUGUUUUUGAGAAGUAGUGUAAUAAAAAGCUUAGAAAACUUUAGAACACCUCAAAUAUGAAGAACCAGGGAUAUUGUUGGAAUGAACACUGCUUUUUCUUUUACUAUUUAAACUUUCUUGUGGCUGAGAUCAAGUCUGAUAAGCACUUUAACUUGGGCAAAUAACGACAGUAAUAAAAUACUAUGUCACUGCAAAAUAUAUGAAAUGCCUGGGCUUCCGAACUUUUCCAAUAAUUUUCUUGUAAAUGCAUUUGUAUGGGGAUAGUUUCCCCCUAGGACAGACUAUAAUUUAAAGAGCUUGAAUUCACUACAGCCCAAUAAAUUACUAUUUCCCCUUAAUGUUGGCAACUAGUGAUUUAUUUUAGUCAAAUUGCAGACCUCACUAGGCAUGCUUUACUGUAAAGGAGGACUUUUUAGUGUCUUAUUUGGAGGAAGCAUAAAAGCUAUUAAAUUCAUAAAUUAAUUUGCCCAUGAAUUCCUAGUUUGCUCUGAUUUGUAGACUGUUUUGUUCAAAAAUACUUGCAUUAUACACAAGCAACUAAAAUAUACAACUAUUAGUAAUUCU